AUGGAUCUCGACACGGACGUCCUCAUCAUCGGCGCCGGUCUGUCAGGACUCGGCUUCGCGAUUCAGCUACAAAAGACAUACGGCACCACCACCUGCAAGUUUGAGAUUAUAGAAAAGUCGGAUUCGGUUGGCGGCACGUGGUGGUUGAAUUCCUACCCAGGCUGUGGCUGUGAUGUUCCCUCGCACUUCUACUCCUACUCAUGGGCCCUUAACCCAAAUUGGACCCGCAAGUACGCCCUUCAGCCGGAAAUUCACGCCUACCUAGGUGACCUCGCCACCAGGUACGACAUAGAAAGACACACCCGCCUCCACACCGCCGUGCAAGGAGCCGUCUGGGACGAGCAGACAGCCACAUGGCUCGUCACUCUUUGUGACCAAGUCACGGGCGAGACAGCCAAGAGACGGUGCAAGGUCCUCGUCUCCGCGGUGGGGUCUCUGUCCGUGCCUCGAGAGUGUGAGAUUCCGGGAGCAGACAAGUUCCAAGGAAGACUGUUCCACACUGCAAGGUGGGAUCAUGACUUUGACUGGGCGGGUAAGGACGUCGUCAUCAUAGGAAACGGCUGCAGCGCCACACAGAUCGUGCCCAGUAUCAGCGAAGGAGGAGACACGCAAGCAGUACACAAGGUCACGCAGUUCAGCCGCCAGGCACACUGGCUCUCACCACGCCAACAGUUCGAGUACUCAACCAUUUUCAAACUCACCAUGCGUUGGGUGCCGUUUGCGAUGCGGGUCUAUAGGGCGUGGCUGUACUACGAGAAGGAGGUUGAUUUUUUGGGCUACCGGAUGAACAAAGGAGGUGCUGGCGUGAGAGCAGGCUGGACAAAAACGGCAGCAGAGUACAUCCGUGCCAACGCACCCGAGAAAUAUCGCGAGUUUCUUGUGCCGACAACCGAGGUUGGGUGCAAGAGAAGGGUGAAUGAUACGGACUACCUGGCUGCGUUGCACAGGGACAAUGUUGAGCUGGUGUAUGAUGACCCUGUCGAGGAGAUCGUUAGGGAGGGAGUGGUGACAAGGUCGGGCCGGUUUGUUGGUGCGGAUGCAGUGGUGCUGGCGAAUGGGUUUCAGACCAAGAAGAUGUUGUUCCCGAUGGAGAUUGUCGGGAGGGGAGGUGUCAGUCUGCAUGAACACUGGACCAGCGUGAGCGAGGGCGUGCCCUCUGCAUACUUUGGCACAUGUGUCUCGAAUGCGCCCAACUUCUUCAUGCUCAUGGGUCCCAACUCGGUCAGUGGGCACGUGUCUGUUGUUUAUACCAGCGAGUGCCAGACCAACUUUAUCCUGCGCAUGAUCAGGCCCAUCAUGUCGAGGCUUGAAGAACAACACCGUCAGCAGCAAGCCUCCUGCAGGAAGACGGACGUCGUGGCGGUGAAGCCCGAGGCGGAGAGGCGGGAUCUCGAGGAGACGCAGACGAGGGCAAAAGAGCUGGUGUGGGCGUCCGGGUGCACGAGCUGGGGGGUGGACGAGGUGACGGGUCGAAACUUUGCCAUGUAUCCGGACUGGCAGUUUGUGUUUUGGUUUAGAAGCUUCUGGAUCAGGUGGCGAGACUUUUCACUGUGGACUACGUCGUCGGGAGGAUAUGGAAAGGGCAAGUCCAAGUCGAAGACGGUCUGA